GGGGGGGUGAAAAACGGAGGUCCCUCACACGUCUCGGUGAGUGGAGCUGAAGAUGCACGUUGAAGAUAAAAACCGAGACGUGCGCUUUUUCCGCGACUUCAGGCAUGGAAGCCAUGCGUGGAAGGGAGCCACGGUGAGAGAAAUAUGGCUUCUCAUAAGUCAAAGACUGGAUCAAAGAUAAACGUUACUAAAGCGGCAGAGGAGUCCAGCUCAGCGGACGAUUAUGUCACACCUGGGGGCUACGAGCUGGAGAAAAUCCUCAACCGUGGGAGCGUGGCUUACACUCAUGUCAACGAGGUCUGGCCUAACGUCUACAUUGGAGAUGAGCAGACGGCAAAGGACAAGUUUACCCUGAAGAGCCUGGGGAUUACUCACAUUUUGAACGCAGCAGAGGGGACGUGGAACAACGUGGACACCGGACCUGGUUACUACGGCGACAUGGACGUUGUUUACUACGGUGUGGUGGCAGAAGACGUCCCUACAUUUGACCUCAGCCAGCACUUCUUCUCUGCCGCCAAGUUCAUUCAGGAGACACUAGGAAACCCUCAGAAUAAACUGCUGGUGCAUUGUGUGAUGGGAAGGAGCCGCUCGGCCACCCUCUUCCUCGCCUACCUGAUGAUCUACGAGAACAUGACGGUUGUGGACGCCAUCGAGCACGUAAAAAGACGCCGACGGAUCAUCCCUAACUGGGGCUUCCUGAAGCAGCUGAGGCAACUAGACCAGCAGCUCCUGGAGGGAAGAGGAGUCUGAUUCUGCUCGGACAAAAUGAAAUGUCUCAAUUAAAAAAAAAAACUGUAAAAAUCAAUGUCAAAGUUAAAUCCGGGGAUUUAAAACAAGCAGGACACAAGUCAGCUAAAGUUAAUUAAAUGUUUUUUAUGUACUUGAAUAUAAAUUAUAAUAAAGAAACUUUUGGAGACUCAAA